AUGCUGCCGAGCAGAAUUUGUGCGUCCCUGAUUAGUGUCCCAACUGUUGUCGUGAUGCAGGAUCGUCAACAACAACAAUCAUCACCAUGCCAAGCAUGCGGAGCUGGGUGCAACAAGGCUCGCGAUAUUCCCGAACUCGGGUCGACCAACAACGCCGGUCAUCAACACCAGCUGAAAACCGCAUUCAAGCAAAUCGUUCCUCAAGCCUGCCUCAUCAAACUUUUCCAUUCAAGAUCGAACGCUAUGCAACCAGCUCGGGACCCGUCUUCGACCUCCCAUCUUCUUAUGGGACAUGAAUCAAGCAACGACAUAUCUACCCGAGUUCCUGACGAAGAGAUUCAAAAUAUCGUUCGUUGCAUCGAAAGUAGAACGCGUGGCUUCCUUGCGGCUCUCAAUACGCACGACUUCGAUCCUUCUUCGCCUCCAUGGCAGUACAAGUCCCCCGAGUUUCGGCACGAAGGAGGAUAUCUUUCUCCAAAUGACCUGGACUUGCAAGGGUAUCUGGGAUUGUGGCGACACAUAAUGACCGCAAACCCAGAGAUGUUCUGUAGGAUAACCGACUUGACGACGUAUGUGGACCGGGAAGCAGGCUAUGCGGAGGUGUUCUGCAACAUGGAGACUACCGGCAGACCGAAAGGAAUCAUCCGGACGAGCGUGGCGAUUCUGGAGUUCAGAUGUGAGAAACGCCGGAAGAGGGACGCGGGUGAAUGGCUAUGUUUCCGAUUCAGAGGCGCGCGAGGCGUUGAUGGGGCAGCGACUGCAGUGGGAGAAUGA